GCACGGAAGAGCUCACGGGGAAGCGAUGGAGAUGGGAUGAGAAGAGAGAAGUGUCCUGCACUGCAAAUGGCCUCCUGCUCGACAUUUAUUGUUUGCUAGUCUGGAGUCACCUUUGGUGGAUGAAGAAGGUUGAUGACUCUAAGAUGUUUGACAGAAUCAAACCAUCUGAUGAAGCUUCUGCUUCUUCAGCACAAGGAAUCGAAAGACAUGGUGUUGAAGGCGCUCUACAACAGGACAGCAAUAGCAGUGUUCACACAAGAGGGCGAGAGCAUCCUCGGCCUGGAGUAUCCACAGUGCAAAAUAGACAAGGGUACUGCAACUGUUGCCAUGUACACUACAGUAAUCUGGAACAGCAUGUUUUCAGCUCCCAGCACAGACAUUUUACCACUUACUGUAGGAAUCGUAUGGGUACGAGUAGCCUGAUGGAGCGUUUCCUUCAAGAUGUUUUACACCAUCAUCCCCACAGAUACCAUGACAACAGACCAACCUAUGAUGACAUGCCACUCCCUGUCACUCCAGAGGCUCCUAGGAUUGCUUGCCUGUCCCCAGAAGAGAUGAAGAAAAAGAGGAACACAGACAGACAGGAGAUUUCCAGCAAAGACCAGGAGUCCAUUGGUGAAAUAUGCUCUUCUGCUCCAUGCCUGUCUCCUCAUGAGGGCACAAAGAAAACUUCUGUAACACAAGCAUUUAUUCAAAAGCUAGAAAGAGGGCAGGAACAUGCUGUAAGAAUAUCGCAGCAGUCUGUGGGCAUUUGUAGCAAUGAGAAAUGGGAUGCCCUGAAAGAUGCUCAAAUUGCAAAUCAGAGCCACGAAGGCCAGUUUACAGCUGUGAGCCCUGUACCUCAGCGUUUUUCUGUCAGUCCUAUAAUCCAUAGGUCUUCUGUUAAUCUGAAAACAGGAAAAAAUAUCAGGAAUUUGGCAGCAUCAAGUCCGAUUCCACAUAGAGGAUGUGAUAAAACAGGAAUGGAGGUAUGCAAUAGUGAUGUGUUACUGAACCCAUGCUUGAAUCCUGCUCCGGCACUGGUUCACCAAAAAUGCCCUUCAGUUUCUCAUCAGAAUCCUAUGUGCAGCUACAGCAGUUCUUUACCUAUUACCUCAGGUCAAUCUCUCUCAAAACGAGAUGGUUUACGAACUCAGGAUGAAACUUUGGUGUCUGAUUUCCAUCUCAGGGAUACUGUGGGUGUCAGCAGCUCCCUACAUCUUGGGACAUCCCCACAACUAGCAAGAUGCAAAAACGUGACAACGAACAAAGGUGAUGAAAGUUCAGUGGAUGAAACCAUUGAAGAUGUUAUUUUGAAAUACUGCCAUGGAACUACGUCUGAAGAAAUUUAUUUCAAAGAAGAGAAUAAACCCUAUUUAACUUUUUCAUCACUUCUGGACCAUACUCGUUUAGAGAGUUCUGAAAUGAGUUUUGACUGUGAUGCACCUAUUCAGGCACGAACAGACUUACCCAAGGCAGCUAUAAAAGAUAUAGAAUUCUUAAAAGAGGUCCAAAUAAGUUUGCAAGAUAAAGACUAUGGAACACAGCUCUCUUCUGUUUUAAAAAGUGAGUCAGUGGAGAAAAUAGAAGCAGUGAAACAGGAUGUUGUAGUUCAUACUGAAGAACCAGUUCUUCCAGCUCUGCCGCAUGUGCCUCCUUCUUUUGUGGGAAAGACUUGGUCUCAAAUUAUGUAUGAAGAUGAUAUAAAAAUUGAAGAACUUGUGCGUGAUUUCAGGGAGGGUCGUUUUCGCUGCUACUUUGACAGUGAAUCCUCAGCCAACUGUACAGGGAAGAGAGUGAAGAAAAAAAAGCAGAAGGAUGAAAAAAAGAAUAUUGUUGAGGGUAAUAGAACAGAAGGAGCAUCAGUUAAAGCAUUGCCAGAAUUUAAUGAUGCUUUAAGUGGUGGCUCUGAUUUUGAUAACCCAUCUUUAGCCUCAGAUACGCUAUGCAACCCACAAAUUCUUAAAAUGCCUAGGAAAAGGACAUGGCGCCUGGCUUCAAGAUGCCAGGUGGUUAAAGUCAGCCAUGGCACCCAAACAAGUCUAUUGAACUACCCUGUAGCAAAAAGAAAAAUGUCUAGAAGGCAAUCUGAUCCAGCUGAUCAGAAAACAAGCAUCAUGUGGCCAGAGAAUGAAAGAACUCCAAACAUGAAAACUAGACUAUGUGCCCUUAAACUUCCUGAGUCUUAUAGCAAGAUUAUGAGUCCUGUACAGCCCAAGACAGUGGUGUAUGUACUUUCAUGCCCAGAGAUAAAACAAUGUAAAGGUAAACCUACAGAUCUUCCCAAAAUGAGGAAAAAUCGUAACUCCACAGAUAGCAAGGACUCUGUAAGGUAUAAAUACAAACAGUGUUCUUUGAAGUAUUAUGACCCACUGACAAAUCGAAUUCUGAAAACGCCUCCAAAGAGUACAGUUGGGGAAAAGGCCAAAAAGCCCUCCCACGUUCGACAGCUUUUCAGAAGUCUCAGCUUUGAUGCAAACAUGAGGAAACUAGCUGAUGCACAGAGAGAAAGCACGCCAUCAAAGUCACUCAAUUGGUCGGACUUCUAUAGUUCAUCUUCAGCAUCUUUCCUGCCAGAUCCAGGUAAAGGGAAUGAUGCAGCCUUGAGUCAAAAGGCAGAUGGAUCUUCUGUUUCCACUGAAAGAACAGAUUGUCUGGUAUCUGGUCACUCUGAGAACUCUUUUAAACACCUCAUCAUUUCACCUUUGAACUCUCACCAGUCUGCAGUAGAAGGAGAUGGUAGAUUAACUCCAUUUAACAGAGUUACCAAAACUCCUCUGACCUCCAUCAGGAGUGAGCGGUUAGAGAGGGAGAAUCCAAAGGCAAUAUGGAAGAGAAAAGAAGGCACCAAUAAAGAACCAGUUUUUUCCAGAAAGGCUGCAGGACCUAUGUCUGUCAGAUGUGCUGUUGGGAUGAGAGGAAACAGAGUAACCACAGGCAAACAAACUUCUAGAACUAAAAAACAGCAAAAAGAGGGGAUGAGGAGGAAUCUUCGUCCUCGUGCCCAGAAAUCUUCUGCUUUCUCCAUCCAUAGGUGCCAGACAAGGAAAACUACAGUGGGAAAGCACCUUAAGAAAGAAAAGCCUGAUGCUAAAAAAUUAAAUGUGAGGAGGAAACCAAAAAGGACCUUUCUGAACUCAACAGUUGUCACAGGGAUUCCUGAAAAGAGGCAGAAAGUCACAUCGGAAUCUUUUCCCAAGAAGCCAGAGCGAGCUUCAUCCAAAGUCAGGAACUGGGAAGUAAGUGGAGAUCGGGGUCACCCUAGCACUGUGAACCAACCCUCUAAAAGAACUUCUGCUGUACCGUUACUUCGAAACUGUCUUGUUCUACCAGGUGAGAGCUAGCUACCAAAAGAACUUUUUUUUUAUAGCCAGCACCUGGAAAAAGAUUGUGGGAAAGGAAAGGGAACAAAAGGAGGUCACAGAUGAAGCAGUUGAAGUGCUAGAGCUGCAGGAAGUGCAAAGCCAGUCUAAUGUGAAACAAGUACACUUGUAAACUCAGCUCUUGUUCCUGGAAUACGGGGACAUAAUGUAUUGCACUGUUCUACUGUGUAAAGCUGCAGAAGUUGUGCAUUUGAGUUAAAAAGCACUUAGAAUCCUAUAUACUAGACUUCACCUGUACAUCAGAACAAUGAGCUUGAAUGGUAUCAUAUUGGGUUUAUGGUAUUAUCAGUGCGUAAUAGUGCACUAUAAUAACGUAAAAUAGAAGCUGUAUUAAUUAAUUGUGCCUAUUCUCAUUUUUCCACAUAAGUCUAAAGUACAAAAAAUUACUCGGUGGUUAUGCUAGAAAUUAAAUGAUACAUUAAUCUGGGCUGAAUUCUGUGUAUGUAUUUUGUGUUUGUGUAUAUGCACAUCUCCUUCAACACAUAAUAUAUACUUGCCUAUGGAGUGGCAUUAAAAUUAAUACAGUAUGAUACAAUUCAGAUCAAUUCAGUGCUUUCUUGAAAUGAAACAUAAUUGUACGUGGUUUUAUAUUGAGUUUUUUUCCUCAAACCUUGUCCAAAGCAGUUAUUUUGGACAAAAAGUCACUGUGGGCUCUCAUCAAGCAAUAAUGGACCAUGCUGGGAAGGAAAUAUGUCUCUCUAGGGCACUGUUCAAAUGGUGGUGGCUAAAAUGAAAUCUCAAAUUCCAAAAGAAAUAUAGGCUUAGGGUUUGGGGUUUGGUUUUUUUUUUUCUUUUUAAAUAGCUUAUUGAUUAAGUUUAUAGGUGAAUUUCACAUUCCUUAGUGGGGAGAUGGAGAAGUUAUAAUACAAACAAAUAGAAGUGAGUUGUUCUAGAAUUUCAACCUUAAAUUUGAGUUUCUGUGCUUUUUUGAUUUUAAUUGGGUGUACUAUUGGUUACAUUUUUAUGUACUAUAGUUGAAACAUUCUUUUUAAACUUUCAGUAAAAUAUUUAAAUAAACCUAAAGCAGCAUCCAUCUAAAUGUAUUAGAGUUCAAAUGUCUGUUUAAACAGAUAUUUAAAUAUCUGUUUAAAAAUCUUUAGUUGAAUUAAAAUUAUAUUCCAUAGUGAUUCAUGUUUGGGUGCUGAUGCUCUAAUUACUGUGAUUUUAUGUCAAAAAGGACCAUAGUGUUCUGGUUUAGUGUUUUCUUUUUUUUUCUUUUCUUUUUUUAAAUAGGUAUUAUGAUGACAGCUUAUUUAAUGUCUUCGAGAGACAUAAACCCCAGAUGUUUCUAUGCUUUAAAAUCCAAGAUUAAUUGUUCAUUUCUAUUAAGUUAAGCAUAUAGUUAAACAUCAUCACAAUCGGGGCUCUGGUUUGUAAAUCUGCAGUUUGGUAUAUUAUAUUGUCUGUCUGUCUGUCUUUAACGGUCUUUCUAAAUGCUAUAGUUGUAUAAUACAUCUUUCAGAACAUGACAAACAUAGAAAAGACCAGACCCUGCUCCCUCUGCCAUUGAACAUAAUAUCUGUGCAUUUUCCCCUGAAAAAAACAAAAUAAUUCUUGAUUCAUUUUCUGAAGUGUCAAGGGUCACUGGUUUGGAUUGAGGUAAAGGUGGACUUUGAAAUGUUUUAUUUUAAUAUAUAGUAUAUGAAGUUAAUACAAAAGCUGUCAUCAUAAACCACUUACUAAAAAAUUAUUUUGGGGAUUUUUUUAAAUGUAUGCGAAUGUUUCCCAGGAUAAAUAAAAGAUGUGCAUGUACUUAAGCCAGCUGGAAACUAAGUUUCUUUACAAGUCAAAUAUGGUCUGACAGCUUUUUGAUUUUAUUUUUUAUUUAUUUAUUUUAUUUUUAAAAGUUGAUUUCUAUGGAUAAAUUUUCCUAUGGUUGUCCGUAGACACAGAAUCUUAUGACUGUAUUGCAAGUCACUGGAAAAUGAAGGGUUAUAAUAUGAGUUCUUAUAGCCCUCUUAACUAAUUGUGCCUGUAUAAUUUAAUAUUUUGUCUAAUAUAAAACUGAUUUUUUUAAAGCAAAGUUUUAAAAGAAUGGUUUUUAUAGAAAGGCUAAUUUUUAGAUAAAGCAAAAAGAGAUUUUUAAAUAAAGUUUCUUUUAAAACAAAACUUUAAAUUAACUCUAUAGAAAAGUCCCAUUCUAACAUAUUUUUAUGAUACAAGAAUGUUUUCCUAUCUAACUUCUACCAUCUUAUUUUUCACAAUAUUUUACACAUGAAGAGCAUGAAUUGUGUUGUGGGUAAAUAAGGUUUAAUGAACAUUGUACUUUAAGAUCACUAGUGUUUGUUUACAGCCAAAAAUGCUGUUCUCUAUACUCAUCCAUUGCAAACUUGUGUUUCUCCACCACACAACUUUUCCUCGAAACUUUGAGUAAUAAAAAUAUCUUGACUAUAAUAUUUAUAGCUUGUAAUAUCUUUUUUUUUUUGUAAGUAAUAGAUUCCCUUGUUAGGGUGGGGUUUUUAAAAAGAAAAAUGUAUUUAAAUAAAAGUGUAAGUACUUCUAUAUUUUCCUUAAAAGAAAAAAAGAACAAGUAUAAAAUGUAACAUUUUUGGGGGAAAAAAAAAAAAAAGACUAGGGUUACAAGUCUGGAAACAUUUCUGUGGUUGACAGUGUCAAAAUAAGACUUACUGUAAGCUUGGAUGUUAUUCUAUGUCUCACUGUUUAGAAACCUCUUCUGUGCAUGCUCAGUGACUACAGGGAAAAAGAGGGGAGGUGUGACAGGAGAAGUAAAUGUAGAAAAAAGAAUUGAAGAUAUGUGCAAAACAAAAAAAUGCAGACAAAUGCUCAAAAUAUCAUGUUCAUGAAGGAGAAAAGAAGGUUUCUGGGGUCUUGAGGAAUUAGUCAAGCACUUCCCUACUAGAUAAAUGAUAUCAGUUCCGCUGCCAUUAUUGAAUAGCACACUGUUUCGUUAGCAGCAUGGCUGAAACUUCAAAAUGUGAUUGUGAAGUCUACACCAAUGGAAAACUUCAGAGCUGAAAUACUUUCUCACUGAAAUCGAUGGGAGGGUUGGUUGGUUUGGGGUGUGGGGGGGUUAAUUUGGUUUUUGGUUUGUUUUUUAAUGUUAGUGAACAAAGAUGUUUGUCAGUAUGUUUGCAUGUCUUAAUCUAGAGAAGCGAGAAAAGAUAACUGGAUUGAAGAGGAAUAAAUCUGAAUCUAAAUUUGAACCUAAUUGGCAGCAGUUAGAUGCAACUUAUAAUAGUUGUGAAAAGUGUUAUCAUUUCUUCUUCUAUGCAUAUGUAAUUUUGACCUUCUGCAAGUUUAUACUUUUUUUUUAUACCAUUCAUAAUUUAAAAUGUCUCCCCUCACAAAGUACCCAUUCAACCUGUUAAAACAAUCUCAUUCUAAGCAGCUUGAUUUUUAUUAUUUACUUGUAUUGUGAAGCUGGAGCAUGGCACAGACUCAUACUGUGCCAGGUGCUAACCAAACAUAGACUAGCAAGUCCCCAAAACUUUACAUGUCUGAUGCUUGCACCUAGCAGUUCUUCAGUUCCUUUUCUGAUAGGAUUUUUUGCUUUCUAGUUCUUUCUGACAAGUUUGCAUCCAAUGUUCUGGUAACUGUAGUUUGAAAGUGCUCCUUUCUGGGACUCAGCUAAAAUGAUGUACUUAGUUGUAUUUAUAAUGAGACUAUGACUUAAUCUGAAGUUGUGUUUAAGUUUCAUGCUAAAUUUGUGCCCAAAUGAGAAUACAUGUUUUCGUGGUUUUCAUGUUCUUGUAAUUGGCAAUGUAUUUUGCAAUACAUCUUGCUUGAUGCUGUAAUGUUUUAUCUGUUUCUCUGUCUCUACUGUCUGUGGUCAUUUGACACAAUGUGAGUUUGCAAGAAUACAGUGAUAUUACAAACUGGUCCAGUGCUGUUGCUGGAUGUUCUUUCUUUGUAUCUUCAGCUCAUUUAAUUUCAGAUUUAUUGUUUCCAUUUUUUUCCCCAGUCAUACAUUUGGAUUUUUGUUGUUGUUGUUGUGCAGAGGUCUAAAUUACAGGACAGGAUAUUCUGUUUGGAAGUAAAUCAGUGACAGGUAACAGAAAUGGUUGGUGUCCUGAUCUGAAGUGUGGAGGACAAGCUGGUAUAUGUGCUCCUGUGCUUGGGAGUCACUUACUUCACUGAGUAGUGCAAAACAGGAGUGGGAUGAUGAUUCUUGAUUUCUUUAUCUGUUUUGCUUUCUCUGACCCCUAGGGUAACUGCCUGUGAAUGGAGUAAUCUGAAUUCAUACUUAUUCUGCAAAUAGAACUGUUUCAACUGUUGAUGUUUUGGGAACAGAUAAGACAAGUGAAAUGUAUCUCACUUGCUAAUGCAGUGCAAAUCCCAGAAUUUUUGUCUCUAAUGAUUUAUCUGCUAUGAAUUACGGGAUUCCCAAUAAUCUUUUUCAGAAAAUUUUGUAGUAGCAUAGAUCUGAGCAUGCCCAGAAGCAAAGGUUUUGUUACUUGUUUGUUUAUGUUUUGCAGCUAUGCAUUUAUUCAUUCCUUCAGCAGAACAAAUCUUGUUUUAAUAAAAUAAAGACUGAAUUUGC